UCGCUCCUGUCAACUGGCUCGGUUGCCAGCAUCGCGUUUGAUCGGCCCGAUCGAGCGCACACACACGCACCCUUGCAGCCCUUCAUAUUUGCGCUUGAACCCAGUUCAAAAUGUCAGGCGUCUGGGGCUGGUUUGGCGGUGGCGCCGCCGCCAAGAAGAAGGACAGCCCGAAGAAUGCGAUCCUCGGCUUGCGCGCCCAGCUGGACAUGCUGCAGAAGCGUGAGAAGCAUCUCAUGACUCAGAUGGACGAGCAGGACGCCAUCGCCAGGAAAAACGUCAACACAAACAAGAAUGCCGCCAAGGCCGCCCUGAGGAGGAAGAAGACCCACGAGCACAGCCUCGAGCAGACACAGUCUCAGAUCGGCACGCUUGAGCAACAGAUAAAUGCCAUCGAGUCAGCCAACAUCAACAGGGAAACCCUUGCCGCCAUGGAGCGGGCCGGAGAGGCCAUGAAACAGAUUCAUGGCAAGCUCACGCCCGAGAAGGUGGACGAGACAAUGGAGAAACUGCGCGAGCAAAAUGAGCUCAGCGAGGAGAUUGUCAAUGCGAUUACCAGCAAUUCUCUUGGCAACCAGGUUGACGAGACUGAGCUGGAGGAUGAGCUGGAGGCACUGCAAGAAGAGGCGUUGGCUGAGGAGAUGCUCAAGUCGGGCACCGUGCCGAUCCGGGACGAGAUCACCAGAAUGCCAGCGGCCGCGAACGGCGAGAUCAGGGGCAAACCCCAGGCUGUUGAGGAGGAUGACGAGGAGGCGGAGUUGCGGAAGCUGCAGCAAGAAAUGGCCAUGUGAUCUGUGUGCUGCAGCGUCCACAACCUUCAACGAAUAUAACGACCAAUCACAGCAUCCUCGAACUUCGACACCAUACGGCGGCGCAGUGUGACUUACAAGUCUCUGGACGGCCGAGUUCUAAACCUUGUCCGAUUCCGACACCGCGAAUUUGUGCCUAGCCCCAGUUGAUCGCACUACUGGUCGGCUGCUUUACACAUUACCAACACUACUUUCAUCGCUUGCGGAGUUGGCGUUCUUUCUUCCCGUUUUGCCGCUCGGCAUGA